AUGCCCGACUCCGAGGAGUAUCGCAAAGAAGUUCAGACUCGCAUCCAGGAUUUGCUCUCUGGCCGCCGUGAAAGGGACCCACAUCUCAGUAGUGUCAGUAAAGGCCGGUUGAUUCUCGAGGGUAUAGUCGAGGAGGCCAAGAUUUACCGGAUGCACAAGGAAGAAGAGGUUAGGAAAGCAAGAGAGCAGGAACAGCGAUGGGGAAGGAGGAUGAGGCAUCGUUCUCGAGAACGUCAUCCUCAAGGUCAUCGACAUCGCGCGGACUCGCGUGACAAAUACCGUGACCGGUCGCGAGAAAGGCGGCGAGAUAGAGCGGGCGAUGGACAUCGUGAGAGACCCCAAGAACGUGGGAUUCCUGAUCCUGUCACUGAGGGUCCUCCUCAACAUGACUGGCUGAUGACUGGUGGAGCGGGACCAAAGAGCACUUUUUCUCCUGAUGCCUUCCAGCCGCCGGACCCUCAAAUCAGUUCAUUAGGCUCUCCAAAGGAAGUUGCUUCUGCAGAAGAAAAACACCCUCAUGACGAUGAUGCCCGAAGGCAGCGCUCAGGAUCGCGUCACCGCCAUCGAAAAGCCAGUCCAACGCCCGGUAGAGUAGGCGCUUCUCGCUCACCUCCCCGACGGAAAGGUCCUGAUGGAACGCCCUUUGGCGAAUUGCCCAAGUUCCAGGUGAAGAAGGGUUUAGCUCUGGGCUUUGGCGACCACUUCAUGAAGACUUACAAGCAUAUUAAAGCUGAACACGAUGCGGGACACAGAUCGAAAGGAGUGGUUGAGAAGAAGAUUGACGAUAUGAGACGCAAGAAGACAGUUACGACAGAUUCUGGUGGUGUUGGGCACCGAGAUCGAGGAAUUGUUAGGAGAGAUGACCAACGUGGCCGCAGUGAUGGGAUGGGGCAGCAUGUCGACUGGGAACGAAAAAAUGAGCGCAAGGCCAGGGAGGUCGAAGACACGAGUCUAAGACUUGCUAAGCCCAGUCCAUACGAAGGUCGAAGAGGGGAUGAAUCGAGUCGGCGAACAUCCCAAGAAGAAAGUGGGCAAUCCAACAGACAGCAACCGUAUCCUGAAGUUCGAGUUGUGCCUCCAACGUCUGUGGAUCGUCGUCGAUGGCAGCCAACCCCAUUUGCUCAAGGAGCACCGCCGCCAGUGCUUCAGUCGCAGCCUUCCAGUCCUACGACGCCUCCUGCUCCGAUCCGUGCUCCACCACCAGCCCCUAUUUCACGAAGUUCGAGCGUCCAACAGGAGUCGAGGAUACCUUCAAUUUACCCCAUGUCGCAAGCUUUCACCAUACCUCAGCCCCAUUCAGUACGGCAGGAACCCUUGAGUCCUCAUAGUCCGCCCGUUCGGCCUGCGCCACCUCCUCCUAGUUAUCCUCCCCCAGCUGCAGUGCAGUAUCUACCAAAGGCAGCUACAGCUGCCCCUGGUGGUCUGCUGAGCGAGAUCCAUCGAGGAAUGAAACUGCGCCAAGUAAAGAAAUCAGAACAGCCAAGUGAGAGUGCUGUUAGAGAAAGUCAGCCAGUGUACGAAGAGACGCCGCACAGCCGUGACGUUGAAGCAAAUGAACACGCCCAAGCAGUCGAAGCGCAGGAACGAGAGCAGACGAAUUCAGAUGCUUCGAAUCGUGCUUGGAGCUCAUCAGAGUCGGAUAGCAGCGAUGAUGAACCGGACGGACGCGCGCGUAGCCCUCACCCGGAUAUCACGGCGCAAUUGGGCGCUCUAUUUGGCGGACAUGCAUCUCCAGGUAGUGCCACUACUACACCCACAGAAGGGUCUUCAGUAGAGGAUUCUCUUCAGACGGAGAACAGGUCACUAAUAGCGGCAUCUAGGACAUCGAUGAAUGUGAAUAUUUCAACGAUGCCGAUUGACGAUCUAAACGGAGAUAAUGUGGUUUCUUGUCCAUUGACACCAGCAAAUCUCAUCGAUGAUGGCGUGUUCUCGGAGCUAGCUGCUCAUAUUGCAAAACCAAGCUGGGAUUGGAGUAGCUUGAGCAAAAGUGACGUAAGCUGCGGCGGACUGUCGGAUGGAUUUGGUAGUAGUCCUAAGUUCGUUUUUAACGUUAUCAAGUGUCUGCGCAUUAUUGUUCGCCGCGACCACCGCUUCGGUUAG